ACGGUGGUCAGGUGACCCGCAGCCGUAAGGCCGAUUUCUGGCUUCUUCCUCGAUGUCGGAGGGGACUGUGUCUGGACGAAAUGGGCUCUGGCAAUGAUCGAGUUUGAUCACUCAGAGAUCCGACCAGCUGAGUCUGUGAAUGGCGCCAAAACAGGACCCUAAACCGAAAUUUCAAGAAGGUGAACGAGUCCUGUGCUUUCAUGGGCCACUGCUCUAUGAGGCAAAGUGUGUCAAAAUCAACAUAAAGGACAAGCAGAUAAAAUACUUCAUUCACUACAGCGGCUGGAACAAAAACUGGGAUGAAUGGGUUCCUGAAAGCAGAGUUCUCAAAUAUGUGGACAGCAACCUUGCAAAACAAAGAGAGCUUCAAAAGGCCAAUCAAGAUCAUUAUGUUGAGGGAAAGAUGAGGGGUUUAGCACCAAGCAAGAAGAUUGCUGCUGUGCAGCAAAAAAAUGUCGAUCUGAAGGUUAAAAAGGCAAAACAGAAAAUCCCCGGGUCGGGUGAAGGAAGCAGCAGUGGAGAAACACCCCAGGCACCACGGAAGAAGCGAGCUCGGGUAGACCCAACUGUCGAGUGUGAGGAAAUGUUUGCAAACCGUGUGGAGGUGAAAGUGAAGAUUCCUGAAGAGUUGAAACCUUGGCUGGUGGACGACUGGGACCUCAUCACACGGCAGAAACAGUUAUUUCAUUUGCCUGCCAAGAAGAAUGUGGAGGUGAUCCUGGAAGACUAUGCAAACUACAAAAAAUCAAAAGGAAGCUCUGACAACAAGGAGUACGCCGUAAACGAGGUGGUGGCGGGGAUUCGAGAGUACUUCAACGUCAUGCUGGGGACUCAGUUGCUUUACAAGUUCGAGAGACCACAGUACGCUGACAUCCUGUCUGAACACCCUGAUGUGCCGAUGUCUCAGGUGUACGGAGCCCCGCACCUGUUGCGUCUGUUCGUUCGUAUCGGAGCCAUGCUGGCGUACACUUUACUAGACGAGAAGAGUCUGGCUCUGCUGCUCAGUUACCUCCAAGAUUUCCUCAAGUACCUGGUGAAGAACUCGUCCACCCUUUUCAAUGCCAGUGACUACGAGGUUGCCCCCCCUGAGUACCACCGCAAAGCUGUGUAAGAGCUCUCAGCAGCGCUCUGACUGAGAAACAUCACCACCCUGUCAGGCCACAAGUAAAAAUAACCAUUAGUUUAGUUUGGAGGGAAUAUUCGGAUAAGCUUUUUCGUUUCAGCUGACAGGUUUUGUCCUGAAAAGAUCUUAGGAGCUUGUGACGGUUUGUAGGGAAGAAAACAUAACCUGCUAUUGAUAUCAGUCAGUCAGUCAGUCAUUUUCUACCGCUUAUUCCAUAGUGGGUCGCAGGGGAGCUGGUGCCUAUCUCCGCUGUUGAUAUCACUUUGUUUAAAAAGACACAAAACAAACUGUUUCACUUUAAUUUCAACAACCAGUUAUAUCAUGUUUUUGUGCAUUCCAGCUGAGGUGCUUGUUACUAUUGCAUGCUUAUAAUUAUUGUUGCUUCUUUGGCAACAUGAGGUGCAACUCAGUGCUGAACUGCAAGAUUAGUAGCAAACCAUUAAAAUGUUUCUAUGUUGUGCAUUUUUAUCAAUUUGUAAAAAAAAAAAAAAAGAUAAGAAAAAGUUGCAAAACAAUGUUCACAUUGUUUACUGUUUCUGUGAUGUUUAAAUCGUUAAAUGAUUUGAUGUUGUAUUUGUUAUUUAAAGAUGUAUUCAGUUGAAUGUUGCCCGCUGAUUAAUUAAGAUAAAUCUCAACAGACUCACAGAAACUACUUUCUGCUUUGGUUCAUAUCAAACCUCCAACAGUUGUUUUGUAAAAUAAAAAUUGGUUUUAUAUUCAUCUUAUUCGACAGGAUGCUAAAAAGGUUAUUUUUUAUGCAUAUGUGAGUUUAUAUAUUAAAAAAAACCUACUAAAUUCAUAAAGUACAACAGUCA